GUUGUAGGAGGAGUUCUGUAUAAUGUGUGGCAUUAAUGGUACCCCACUACAGGAUAUAUUGGAAUCUAGGUCUCCAAGGUAUUGACGUUCUCAGGAACCCCCAAGCGUACCUGUUAGGAACACGGCCCCUUUGCACGCAGCUUGCUGGACUGUCUCGUGGCCAGACCAAGCUAUGCUACCUCUAUAGGGACCACAUCCCACACGUGGGGCGCGGGGCUCAGCUGGGAAUCGCAGAAUGUCAGUGGCAGUUCAGAUAUCGCCGCUGGAACUGUUCCACUGUUGAUGAUUCGAGCGUUUUUGGGCCUGUCUUAAACAUAGGCAGCAGAGAAGCGGCCUUUACUCACGCUAUUUCCGCAGCGGGAGUGGUGCACGUCGUCUCCAGGGCCUGCCGAGACGGGCAGCUGUCGAACUGCGGCUGCAGCCGAGCUGUACGACCGAAGAACCUACACCGCGACUGGAUCUGGGGAGGCUGCGGCGACAACAUUGAGUAUGGUUACCGGUUCACUGAAGGGUUCGUAGACGUGAGAGAGCGGGAAAAUAACUUUGACAGAGGUUCCCGGAAACAAGGGAGAAAACUGAUGAACCUUCACAAUAACGAAGCCGGGAGAAGAGCUGUAAUUCGAAAGACAAAAGUCACGUGCAAGUGUCACGGCGUUUCCGGUUCCUGUUCUCUGGUCACGUGCUGGCAGCAGUUAUCUUCUUUCCGUGAGGUCGGGGACCACCUAAAGGAUAAAUACGACGGUGCCACUGAAGUGAGAAUAAACAGACGGGGAAAACUACAGUUAAAAAAUCCCCAUUUUAACAUUCCCACAGCGGAGGACCUGGUCUACCUGGAGGAGUCCCCUGAUUACUGUGUUAAAAACCACACUACAGGAUCCUUGGGUACUUAUGGCCGCGAGUGUAACCGCACAGCUCCAGGCACAGAUGGCUGUAACCUUAUGUGCUGUGGUAGAGGGUAUAACACCCAUAAGGCAGUGUUGAAAGAAAGGUGCAAAUGUAAAUUUCACUGGUGUUGUUACGUCGAAUGUAAAACGUGCACAAAGGUUGUGGAUCGACACACGUGCAAGUAGAUAAACAUGGCAUAAAGUGUUAUAUUAUUAUAGUAGACUCUUUAAACCUUAAAGUUGGGAUUCAUUUUCAACCAUUACUCUACACAAUGUAUCGUACUGGAUUACUAUAGUGGACUCUUUAAACAUUAAAGUAGGGAUUCACUUUCAACCAUUAGUAUAAACGAUAUAACGUAUUGAAUUAUUAUAGUAGCCUCUAUAAACCUUAAAGUGGGGAUUCACUUUCAACCAUUAGUAUACACGAUAUAACGUAUUGAAUUAUUAUAGUAGACUUUUUAAACCUUAAGUGGGGAUUCACUUUCAACCAUUAGUAUACACGAUAUAAUAUUGGAUUAUUAUAGUAGACUCUAUAAACCUUAAAGUGGGAAUUCACUUUCAACCAUUAGUAUACACGAUAUAAUAUUGGAUUAUUAUAGUAGACUCUUUAAACCUUAAAGUGGGAAUUCACUUUCAACCAUUAGUAUACACGAUAUAAUAUUGGAUUAUUAUAGUAGACUCUUUAAAUCUCAAAGUGGGAAUUCACUUUCAACCAUUAGUAUACACGAUAUAAUAUUGGAUUAUUAUAGUAGACUCUUUAAACCUUAAAGUGGGAAUUCACUUUCAACCAUUAGUAUACACGAUAUAAUAUUGAAUUAUUAUAGUAGACUCUUUAAAUCUCAAAGUGGGAAUUCACUUUCAACCAUUAGUAUACACGAUAUAAUAUUGAAUUAUUAUAGUAGACUCUUUAAACCUUAAAG